AUGAAUGGAGACCCGAGUAUUCAACUUUUGACUGCCCGACAGUCGAGAAAACGACCGCACCAUGAGAUGAUAAAUUCGCAUUCUGAAAGCCGGAGCACAUCUCCAUGGGAUUACGCAGAGCCGUCUGGUUCGAAUUCGAAUCCUGGGUCCCGGGUCUUCUCCAGCCAUCGACCAACACUUCCACCCCUACCACACCUGAGAUUUCCAGGCGACGGCUACGAUUUCAGAAGACCAGUCAUGGCGACCGCAUCAGCACCUAGUUCCUCUCCCCCUCCUCUCCCUCAACAAGAUAACGUUAUCGAUUUGACAGAGGAGCCUGAUCACGUUCUGUCAGACAGAGCCACUCAGACACCUCUACGACAAGCAGCCAGCAGGAAUUCACGUCCACCUCGAUUUGGAAGAAAUAUUAUGGCAGAUGUUGUUGAUCUGGAGGAAGAGUCAACUACAAACGAGCCCCAACAGUAUUCAAGCCCAGAAGUACAGUUCCUAGGCACUCAAAUACGGCCGGCGGAAGAAACUCGUCAAAAUGAGAAUAGCCACCGAAAUCGAGAAGCCCCUCCUACGUUAAGAGGCUCUAGUCUCGUGGACAUGAUUAGGAGAAUUCGCGGAAGCGGGCCGCCUUCCUCAUACUUGCAGCGGCAGCAAACAAUCCGAGAAGAAAUGAGCUUGAGGAGCCGCAACCUUGCACGUAUUUUCCCUACCAACAUUUCUCCGUUUUGGCUCGGGGAACGGCCCAUUCAGGUUGAAGUGGAGGAUGAUUUCCCCAUUGAAUUGAAUUACAGAACGGCCGGAUUCGGGUCGGGCGAGACACGACGAACACCCGCGUAUGUGGCUCCGUCAGCGCCGCCUCCAGGGUUUACAACGACUGUCGGGGAGGAUGAGGUUGUGAUUUGUCCCAACUGUGACCACGAACUAGGGACUGGUGAUGAUGCAGUGCAGAAGCAAAUAUGGGUGGCUAAGCCAUGUGGACAUGUUUAUUGUGGCCAAUGUACGAAAUACCGAGCGCGUUCGAGAAAGCGGGCAGACAGUGCCGACUCUCCGAAAACGAAACCAUUUGCGAAAUGUGUCGUACCCGACUGCGGCAAGAUGGUUAGCCAACCACGUGCGAUGUUUCAAAUCUAUCUCUAG